CCCACCCCUUCACGCCACAGACUGUCCGAACUGUAAAUUCCGUUACGCGCUCGCCAAAGGGGGUUGCAUGCACUUCAAGUGUUCCCAGUGCCAGCACGAAUUCUGCAGUGGGUGCUACAACACCUUCCUCAAAAAGAAAAAAUGCACGGACCCAGUGUGCCGGCUGAAGGAGACGCUGCACGCUCACCACCCUCGGGAUUGUCUGUCCUACCUGAGGGACUGGCCAGUGAACAAGCUGCAGACUCUGCUGCAGAGAAACAAGGUGGCGUUUGACACAGACCCUCCCAUUGGGGCUGAGCCGACACCAGGAGGUAAGUGCUGUUCCUAACCGAGGACCAUGCAAUAGUGGGAUCGCCCUGUGCUAAACCCUGCACGCUUCCUCACCUUCCCCCCCUUCUCCUCCUCUUCCUUCUUC